UAUUAAUUUUGUUUUUCUUGUUUCAGCAGCACCAUGAGCGGCAACAAGCAGGACCUGCUGCUGUUCUUCGACCGGCCCACGGAGCCCUGCUUCAUGCAGAAGGGCGACAACAAUUCCGUCUUCCAACUCCCAGACAACUACUACCCGGACAAAUACAAGAGCGCAUCAACUCAGCUGGAGAGCAAGUUCGGCUCGGGCUCCGGGCGCUCCAUCCCCGUCCGCAACAUCGCGCUCCCGGACCUGACGCUGCCCAUGCAGCUGCCCUACAACGACCAGUUCUCGCUGUUCGUGCCCGCGCACCGCCAGCUCGCGGGGAAACUCAUCGACAUCUUCAUGAACAUGCGUGAUGUCUCCGACUUGCAGUCGGUGUGCUCGUACUGUCAGCUGCGCAUCAACCCGUACAUGUUCAACUACUGCCUCUCUGUGGCCAUACUGCACAGGCCAGACACCAAGGGGCUGAACAUCCCCACAUUCGCGGAGACCUUCCCCGACAAGUUCGUGGACCCCAAGGUGUUCCGGAAGGCUCGCGAGACCACCAGCGUCGUGCCUGAUGGCUCCAGGAUGCCAGUAGUUAUCCCACAAAACUACACGGCCGCUGAUGCUGAACCCGAGCAGCGCGUGGCAUACUUCCGCGAGGACAUUGGCAUCAACCUGCACCACUGGCACUGGCAUCUCGUCUACCCCUUCGAGGCAGCCGACAGAAACAUCGUCAACAAGGACAGAAGAGGCGAAUUAUUCUACUACAUGCAUCAGCAGGUCAUCGCUAGAUACAACUUUGAGCGUCUCUGCAACAACCUACAAAGGGUGCAGCGCUACAGGGAUUUCCGGGCCCCAAUCGAAGAAGGAUACUUCCCUAAACUGGACUCGCAGGUCGCGUCUCGCGCCUGGCCACCCAGGUUUUCUGGCAGCACCAUCAAAGACCUGGACCGGCCGGUGGACCAGAUCCGCGCAGACGUGUCCCAGCUGGAAACCUGGCGCGACCGCUUCAUACAGGCGAUCGAGGAGGGCGCUAUUGAUCUGCCAAGCGGCCGCAAGCUCCCCUUAGACGAACAGACCGGUAUAGACAUCCUAGGAAACCUAAUGGAAGCGUCAGCUCUGAGCCGCAACGCCGCCAAGUACGGAGACCUCCAUAACAUGGGACACGUGUUUAUCUCGUAUGCUCACGACCCUGACCACAGACAUCUUGAACAAUUCGGCGUGAUGGGAGACUCGGCGACAGCCAUGCGUGACCCGAUCUUCUACCGCUGGCAUUCCUACGUCGAUGACAUCUUUAACCUGCACAAGGCUAAGCUCACGCCCUACAGCAAGCAGCAGCUGGACUUCCCAUCCAUCCGCGUUUCCUCAAUCAGCGUCCAAGGCCCCGCCGGCGCCAACACGUUCGCCACCCAGUGGGAGCAGAGCACCGUGGAACUGUCCCGGGGCCUGGACUUCCAGCCAAGAGGCAGCAUGCCAGCUCGCUUCACCCAUCUGCAGCAUGAGGACUUUGUCUACAACAUCGAAGUGAACAACACCAGCGGCCAGUCGCUGAUGGGCACCGUCCGCAUCUUCAUAGCCCCCGUACAGGACGAGAGCGGACAACCUCUGCCCUUCGAGGACCAGAGGCGCGGAAUGGUGGAACUUGACAAAUUCUCCGUUGGCUUGCGCCCCGGGAACAACACCAUCAAGCACAACAGCAAAGACUCCUCGGUCACCAUCCCCUACGAGCGCACUUUCCGUAGCCAGGACGCGCGCCCCGGCCAGCCCGGCACCGACCAGGCGGCCGAGUUCGACUUCUGCGGCUGCGGCUGGCCGCACCACAUGCUGCUGCCCAAGGGCACCGCCCAGGGGUACCCCUGCGUGCUGUUCGUGACGGUCACCAACUGGAACGAGGACCGGGUGGAACAAGACCUAGUGGGGUCCUGCAACGACGCAGCGUCGUACUGCGGCAUCCGCGACCGCAAGUACCCGGACAAGCGCGCCAUGGGCUUCCCCUUCGACCGCCCCAACCCCGCCAGCUCACUCUCCGACUUCCUGCAGCCCAACAUGGCCGUGCAGCAGUGCAGGAUCAAGUUCACGGAUGCUACUAGAGUCAGAGGGACGCGGUAGAUCUUAGUUUACAAACAUUGCCCUAAUCCUAACAACUUUAUUCAAUACAACAUCGUCAUCAUCAACGAACAUC